ACUAGGCGGCGGGGGAUAAGGCGAAGAACUUGAAACGCAAGAGGUCGGACACGUCUAGACACACUACGCCGACGGUCGAGGAUCUUCCCACCGGAGACACCGGAGACAGGCCGGCCGUUCCAACGCAAACAAGAUCGCCCAGGCCAAAGUACCAAAGUGGUACGACGGAAGCUGUGUUCUCUCUGGCAGCACACCGGUCGACGGGGCACACAUUGUAGACGUGAGGGCCUCGGGGAUGAAUGCCCUCUCUUUCUGGGAGACGCUGGGUAUGUUUUGGCCUCUUAAGAAUGUCGAUAAGCUCGAUAUCAAAGGCCAGGAAGUACGGAACAUCCUCCCCCUCAACACGGGCGUCCAUAUCUUCUGGGAUCGGCACAGAUUCGCGCUCCGUCCCGUCGAGCACCCGACAGACCCCGAGCACAGGAUCUACUUACAGGUGGUGUGGCUCAAGGAUCUGGACAAGUUUGGUGGCUUUAUCAAAGGUGCCUGGAACCAUCGCGCAUCCGGCACCAUCGUGGACUUCCGGCGUGGGAGCGACGACGGGCGCAUGUUCCCGUGCCUCGAGCAUGGCGACGUCUACGAGCUAUCUACGGCCGAUCCAGUCAGGUGCCCGAUACCCAGUAUCCAAUUUCUGCGGAUUCGCUAUGCCGUCCAGAAGAUCAUUGCGGGCCCGAUGGCCGCCGGCGCGCUCAAAGACAUCUUUAGUGGCGAGCCGCCCGAGGACGGGCUGGGCUCUGCCCGCCACGAGGAACUGGCUUCGUCAGAGCAAGAGGCGGGUGGAAUGGGAUGUGGUAGAUAGGCACCGCCUCCUCCAGAUAUCGACCAGCACGAUCUCCUUCUACGCGAAGACUGUACCAUUCUACCCUCCCGGCCCGCUACGGGGAGACAUGGGGGAUAUAUGCCGCAAGUCGCACCCGGCGUGGGUGGCAUGUAACGGCUGAGCCCCGCCAAUAGCUUUACGUCGUCCUGGUUCUCUCGCGAACGGUGGCCCCGAGUAAGACAGUAGAUUAGCACACGCUGGAGUUAAUGAAUAUACAUAUGCUAGUGCGACCGUGACCAGUCGUCUUCUACGUGCCGGUCAAGUGCUUGAUUGACUAUUAAGAUCGUCUGACUAGCCCGCAACUGCCCUAGCUGUCGUUACGAGUGAGAGGUAGGCCAUCGUGAGUGAGGGGCGUGCGGCAGAGAUCAUG